AUGGAAUUCGAUUUUGAAUCUGAUCUUAGUAGUCAUUUAGAUGGUUCCUUGCCUGAUAUAGAGGCGGAUAAAGAGUUUAAUCACUUCGAUGAAAGUAUUUCCAGCAAUCAUGAUGAUGGAUCUCAAAAUUCAACACCUAUCUUAAAACGAAAACUUGAAAUUGAACCAAUUACUCCUAAUGAAACUUCCCGUGAUUUAACAAUCACUUCAAACAAUCAAAACACAGUUAAAGACCACUCAUACGGGUUGCUCCAUGAUUUAUUGGAUGAAAACAUUUCUAUGGAUUUAUUAAGCAGCAAAUGGCGCUCCUACUUAGAAAUGGAUUCGUCUGAAUUCACGCGUGGGUUUCUCAAUCUUAUAUUACUAUCUUGUAAUUGCCAACCUUUUUUAAACCAUUUUGACAUGGAGGAUAUGGAAUCAAUACCUGAAACACUAGCUCAGAUUCAAUCUUCGACUUUUAAUUUCAACAACACUUUCACAGAACCGUAUUUAUACGCAUGCUCAACAGUUACAGGAAAGUCGUUUAAAUCCAAGAUUCGCUUUCUUAUUGAUAGGUUAACUUCUGCGUCUAUAGAAAAAGAUAAGCUAUCACCUGCCUCUUAUAUGGAAACUAUUAAAUCUUGGAUAAUUUGUAUGACUACCAGCCCAUGGUUGUCUAUCCGACAUACUUCAAGUGGUAUUUCAUGCAUGUUGUACGUCUCACUUGCAAACGCACUAUCCAAGAUCCAGGAUGAUGAAGAUUAUGAUGAAGGGAAUACAGAUAAAGUUCUUCUUGACAAUCUCAAAUAUCUAUUCGAUGAUAUCUAUAAAAGUGCUAUAUUAAUAAGGAUACGUGAUACGAGAUCAAUUAUACGUCUAGAAUGUUUUAUGGCAAUUCACGAAUGCUGCUUGCUGCUUCCAUCCCAUCUUCAGGAUAGAUCAACAUUGUUAUAUCUAGGAUGGGGACUCUCUGAUACUGACGCGAAAAUCCGAAAGUUUGCUUUAAAAAUCAUCCAACAACUAUUUAGAAAUGAACAAACCGAAGGACUAUCACUCUCUUCACUUAAUUUUUUAGAGAGAUUUUCUUCCAGAAUUGCAGAAAUAUGCAGAUAUGACAUAGAAAGUGUGCGAGCAGUAGCACUGCAACUAUGCUUUCAACUGCUAGAUCAUCAAUUGCUAAAGCAAGAAGAUAUCGAAAUGCUCAGUUUAUGCAUAUUCAGCAAGAAGGCCCAAAUUCGUUUACCGGUUAUGAAGUUAAUAAUGCGGUAUUGUGAUCAAAGCCUUAAAGGCUUUCUGCAAGAAUCAACGCAAGAAAAGAGUCUAAAAAAGAUUCUUGCUCAAGAGAGUUACAAGAUAUCAAAUUCCGCUUUUAAAAAACUUUACAAGAAAAAUUUGGUAUUUUCUAUCAUUGCACACGCCUUGGAGACGUGGAUUAUUGAAAACAAACAAAUAGAUUCUUCACAACAAGCCGAAGAAACUGAAGCGGACUCGACUUUUCCAUUUGGUUUUAAUAUGGAAGUAAGUCGUUUGGAAAAUUCGGAAGAAUGGCAAAUGUACCAGUAUGGCAUGUCAUCUGUUCAUAACGAAUUGGAUCCCUUGGGUUCAUGGGAAGAAGUCAUUGAGUAUCUACUAUUUGACCAUGUCAAUCAUUUGGAUGGUAAUAGCAUUUUAAAACAUUGUGCGCCAAAAGAAACGAUCAUUGACCUAUUGUCUUCCUAUAUGUAUUUCUGUCUAAAUUUCAUUGAAAAGCCUUCUUUGAUGAAAAAGAAAUCGUCUGAGUCUGAUUAUACCUUAAAACAAUUACAUUUACUACAUGAAUUGCCAAUAUUAGUGAAGAAAUAUCGAGAACGUAAUGUUGCAACCUAUUAUUUUAUUAAAAGCUUGGAUUAUAUAGAGGAGCAAACUCUGGCUUUACCCGAAUCGAGGAAAGAUAUGAUGUCCUUAUUGACUGAAAUGGAGUACGUUGCUAAAGCAUCUAGCACUUACCGAAUCAAUUUAGUAUGUGGUGAAUUCUUUCACAAAAUAAUAAGCCUAAACCUGAUAGCAAGUGAUAUUCAAUUAAAUGUUAAACUUUAUAUCACUUCCGUGACGGAUAGCUUGAUGGAAGACUUACAAGACUUCUUAAAAUACAGUCGGUCAGCCCGUAAGGCAACCAAUCAUGACGAAAAAAUUGAAAAACUGGUAACUCAGUUAAAAUUUUACUGCGGUUUUAUUCGAAGCAUUGGUACUUCUGAAAAAGAUGCUACCACACUACGUCUUGUCUCUGAUCUGUUGGAAAUUUGCAAGCAGGAAGAAGAUGAACUAAUUUUAUAUUCGUGCGUAAGGACUAUAUUAUUAUGCGUCCUUCAUGAAUUAAAUCGUCAUUGUUCAAACGAAGUCAUGGAGAAUUACUUUAGCGUAGCUAUGGAAGCAUCGCAUUUGUUGUCAAACCGCACAAAGGAGUUGUUCACCGGAAAACUCUUCUCUACAAUUGUAAUUUUAAGUGUCUACCUUGGAAAAUCGGUUUUUGUAGGCAGGUCCCGACUUAAUGAUAAUGAGUUAAAUGACAUCAAAACAUUAAACAUUGAAGAGCAGCUUGCGACACUCAAGAAUUUAUCAAAACAGUUGAAGAAAGGUGAAUCAAACAGAUCAGCACAACCGUCAUUGCUAGAGGAUGAAAAGGAACAGGGGUUGUGGAACAAUUUAUUCGAAGACUGGUAUCCUAAUCAUUGCAGAGAUCCUUCGCUAUUAAUUGAUUUAAUGCAAGGUUUAAAAAAGCUUGUUCUAUAG